AUGGCUUUCCGGCGGAACACGAGAGCUCACAACUAUGAUGAUCCGAAUCCUAGGGGUGAGGGAGCAGCGGACCCAAAUGUUCCCCUGAUAGUUCCUGGAAGGGUAGCACCUCCGGUCCCUCAGGCAGCUCCUCAGGGAGUUCCCCAGGUGAAUCCCCAGGUGGCGUUGCUAGCUGAGGCAUUGCAAGUACUACUAGAUAAUGCAAAUGGAGCCGGUGGAGCUCAAGUGCAGCAGCCUCGCCGGGCACAAAUUCCGCAAGAUGAGGUUCAGUUUAUCAGGGAUUUCAAACGCUUUGGGCCACCCGUUUUCAACGGGGUGAGUGAGAGGCCUACUGCGACCGAGGAAUGGGUUAGGGAGCUGGAAGCCCUUUAUGUGUAUUUGGGAUGCUCUGACGAUUUCAAGGUCCGGGGUGCAGUUUUUAUGCUUCGGGGAGAAGCAGUAAAUUGGUGGGAGUCGGUGGCGGCAGCGGAGGAUCACACCAACGUACCCGUCACGUGGGCAAGAUUUAAGGACCUACUUUAUGAGUACUAUUUCCCCGUGACUGUCAGGAAUGAAAAACGGGCAGAGUUUCUCCGUCUCACUCAAGGGAGCCUAACCGUGGCCCAAUACGAAAGGAAGUUCACUGAGCUGUCCCGUUUUGGAAUGCAAUAUAUUCCUACUGAGCAAUUAAAGAUUGAUAAGUUCAUCGACGGUUUGCGUAUGGAGAUCAAGGGGCUACUUGUUGUCAAGGAACCAACUACAUACGCAGCAGCAAUCAGGUGUGCGUUGGUUAUGGACAAAUGUCUCGAGGAGCCUCAGUCUCAGCAGGUAAUGGGCUCCAGCUCGGGGGUCAAGAGGAAAUUUGCAUUGUUCUCCUCCAGUCAAUCCUCAAGAGGACACCAACACCAUGUGCAAAGGCAGACUGCUCCUCCGGUGUGCCCCUCUUGUAAGAAGAACCAUGCUGGGCCAUGUUGGUUAGGAAAAAGAAUAUGUUUCAGGUGCCAGAAGACCCCUGCGGCAGCUGCAGCUCAAGGUGGAACCCAGAGGGCGCGCGUCUUCGCUCUCACCAGGGGGGAUGUUGAGCAUGCCGAGGCGGUGGUCACAGGGACUAUUUUAGUGAUUAGUAUGCCUGCUUACGCAUUAUUUGACUCUGGAUCUAGUCAUUCUUUCAUUGCUUCUACCUUUGUUCGACAUGCGGACCUAGAGCUAGAAUCGUUAGGCUUUUUGUUGUCGGUAUCCACACCAUCAGGAUCUGUGUUGGUUAUUAGCCAAGUGGUGAAAGGAGGCCAGCUCUCCUUUGAUGGUCAGACCUUCGAGGUAAAGUUAAUUCAACUGGAUAUGCAGGAUUUCGAUGUGAUACUAGGCAUGGAUUGGUUAGCUGCUAACCGGGCUAAUAUUAAUUGCUCGAAGAAGGAAGUUAGUUUUCGCUUGCCCUCCGGACAAAACUUUACCUUUAAAAGAGUUAAGGUCGGGGUUCCAAGGGUGGUGUCGGCAUUGAAGGCCAACUAUCUUCUCCAGCGUGGUGCUUGGGCCUAUUUGGCUAGCGUUGUGGAUGCAAGGAAGGUUGUGCCAAGCAUUGAGGCGGUUCGUGUGGUUAAUGAGUUCACUGACGUGUUCCCUUAG